UAGAAACACUUUAAUAAAGUCGAGUUUCCAGACUUGUAUAAUUAGACAAGAUUUUCCAGACCACCAUUUCUCUGUCUCUCUUCCACUUCUGUUUCAGAUCUUCAUAGUCUGCAACUAUGGAAUUCUGCUUCAAAUUCACAACUCUUACUAUUUUGCUGCUGUUCUUGCUCUCUUGCUCCUUUCCUUCAUCAGAAGCAUAUGAUGCACUUGAUCCCAAUGGAAACAUCACGAUAAAAUGGGACGUUAUCACUUGGACACCCGAUGGCUAUGUGGCUGUUGUAACAAUGUUCAACUUCCAACAAUAUCGUCACAUUCAAGCACCGGGUUGGACUCUGGGGUGGACGUGGGCGAAGAAGGAGGUGAUAUGGAGCAUGAUGGGAGGCCAAACUACAGAGCAAGGGGAUUGCUCAAAGUAUAAAGGGAAUGUCCCGCAUUGCUGCAAGAAAGAUCCCACGGUGGUGGACCUUCUUCCCGGAACUCCCUACAACCAACAGAUUGCAAACUGUUGUAAAGGAGGGGUGAUUGGUUCAUGGGGGCAGGAUCCAACCAAUGCUGCCAGCUCUUUCCAAGUCAGCGUUGGCGCUGCUGGAACCACUAACAAAACUGUCAGGGUGCCCCGGAACUUCACCUUGAGAGCACCCGGACCUGGAUACACCUGUGGACCUGCCAAAAUUGUCAAGCCUACUAAAUAUGUGUCUUCUGAUGGGAGGAGAGUCACUCAGGCUAUGAUGACAUGGAAUGUUACAUGUACAUAUUCACAGUUUCUGGCUCAGAAAACUCCCUCUUGCUGUGUAUCACUCUCGUCGUUCUACAACGACACCAUUGUCCCUUGCCCAACCUGUACCUGCGGAUGCCAAAACAAUGCCACGGAUCCAGGAAGCUGUGUCAAUCCGGACUCACCAUACCUAGCUUCAGUCGUUUCGCAACAAGAGAAGAGUAACAAGUUUGCACCUCUAGUCCAAUGCACGAGCCACAUGUGCCCCAUUCGCGUCCACUGGCACGUGAAGCAGAACUACAAGGAUUAUUGGAGAGUUAAGGUCACCAUAACAAACUUCAACUACAGGAUGAAUUACACCCUCUGGAACUUAGUCAUCCAACACCCCAACUUUGACAACCUAACUCAGAUAUUCAGCUUCAACUACAAGCCACUCAACCCUUACCAAGAUAUAAAUGACACUGCAAUGCUAUGGGGAGUAAAGUACUAUAAUGACCUGCUUAUGGAAGCUGGCCCUCUAGGAAACGCGCAGUCAGAGUUCCUAUUCCGCAAGGAUAAGCCCACCUUCACUUUCGAGAAGGGUUGGGCCUUCCCUAGGAGGAUCUACUUCAAUGGUGACAACUGCGUGAUGCCACCUCCCGAUGAGUAUCCGUAUCUUCCAAGUGCCACCACGCGCCACAAUGUCUCCUUCCUUCAGCUGCUCGUCGCUCUUUUGGCUCUUCUGUUUGCGUGUUUUUAAAACACAUCUGGAGAUUCGAUAUUCUUGUCGUUGCUAUAUGGCAGACAGUGGAUUCAAGUGCACCAAAACUUGUGCAGGCCAUGAAAAAUGAUUCCAAUUCAUGCUUCAGUUGUGGCUCAUUUUUCACAAGGCUUGCCUUUUCUCAUUCAGUUGCAUGAUACUCCUACAAGUAGAUAGUGUAAUUGUUAAUAGUAUUUGUUUGUGUAUAGGAUUGUGAUGAGAAUGUGAACAUUUUGAUAGAUACACAGAGCAUUUUGUUUGAUUUUUGAAA